AUGCCGACCUCCAACGCCCCCGCUUUCGACAAUGAUACCAUCAUCGUAGUCCUCGGUGCUUCGGGAGAUCUUGCAAAGAAGAAGACCUUUCCCGCCCUCUUCAACCUGUUCCGCCUCGACUUGCUCCCCAAGACCACACACAUCAUUGGAUAUGCCCGAACAAAGAUGGACAAGGACGCCUUUGCUGAAAAGGUAACUGGUCAUCUCAAGAACGUCGACGAUGACAAGGGCAAGGAGGACGUCAAGAAAUUCCUCGACAUUUGCCAGUACAUUUCGGGUCAGUACGACGAGGAUGAGUCGUUCCAGAAGCUCAACAAGGAAAUGGAGCGCAUUGAAGGCGAGAUGAAACACGAGGCCCCCAGCCGCCUCUUCUACAUGGCUUUGCCGCCCAACGUCUUUACCGUGGUUGCAAAGGGUCUCAAGAGGAACUGCUACUCGGAGAAGGGAAACAACCGCAUCGUCAUCGAGAAGCCCUUCGGUAAGGAUCUCGAGAGCAGCCGAGAGAUGAUGGGUGCGCUCAAAGACCUGUGGAAGGAGGAGGAGACUUUCCGUAUCGAUCACUACCUUGGAAAGGAGAUGGUCAAGAACCUGCUUGUCAUGCGAUUCGGAAACCCUCUGAUCGACGCCAGCCUCAACAACAAGCUCAUCGACAAUGUGCAGAUCACCUUCAAGGAGCCUUUCGGCACCGAGGGUCGCGGAGGCUACUUUGACGAGUUCGGCAUCAUCCGCGACAUCCAGCAGAACCACCUUUCGCAGGUGCUGUCGUUGCUCGCCAUGGAGCGACCCAAAUCGUUUGGCGCAGAGGACAUUCGUGACGAGAAGGUGAGGGUGCUCAAGUCGGUACCCUCCAUCGAGCAGAAGGAUGUCCUGAUCGGCCAGUACGCUGCCGCCAACGGCAAGCCAGGCUACAAGGACGACGACACGGUUCCCAAGGACAGCAACUGCCCUACGUUUGCCGCUUUGACCUUGUUCGUCAACAACGAGCGCUGGAAGGGGGUGCCCUUCAUCCUCAAGGCGGGUAAGGCGCUGGACGAGGCCAAGGUUGAGAUUCGGUUGCAGUUCAAGGACACGCCCCAGGGUCUGUUCGAAGACAUCCCGCGCAACGAGCUGGUCAUCCGCAUCCAGCCGGACGAGGCGGUGUACCUCAAGAUGAACGCCAAGAAGCCCGGUCUGGAGAUGGCCAGCGUGCCCACGGACCUUGACUUGACGUACAAGGAACGAUUCUCCGAGGUACGCAUCCCCGAGGCGUACGAGGCACUCAUCCUGGACGCGCUCAACGGCGACCACUCGAACUUUGUGCGAGACGACGAGCUGGACGUGUCGUGGGCCAUCUUCACGCCCCUGCUGCACGCCAUUGACGCGGGCAAGAUCAAGAACGAGCCGUACGACUACGGCAGUCGUGGACCAGCCUCGCUCAACGACUUUAUCGCUCGAUACGGCUACAAGCGCACCAACGAAUCGUACCACUGGCCCACCACCAACGUGAAGAAGGUACAAGGAAAGAUGUAA